AUGCCUUUAAAUCCCUUUAUAGAUAAGAACCGAAUCCUACGUGUUGGAGGACGCAUUCACAAGGCCGAACUAGGACAUGAUCAACGAUUCCCUAUUAUUUUGCCGAAAUCGACGCCGUUGGUCAAGCUUUUACUACAUCAGGCACAUGAAUCUACACUGCAUGGAGGGACACAACUCAUGCUGCACACUCUUCGUCGCCGCUUCUGGAUUCUGAGUUCCAGGCAAGCAGUCAAGGGUUUCAUCCAUAACUGUGUAGUGUGUCGGCGUCAUAGAGGGGAAGUUCUGAAGCAGCAAAUGGCUUCCUUACCCGGGCAGAGGAUUAGAGCAGCUAGGCCGUUCAUCUCAUCUGGUGUCGAUUACUGUGGGCCCUUCACUCUACGUAUCGGAACGAAACGCUCUCGAACGCUUAUCAAAACGUAUCUCGCAAUUUUCAUUUGUAUGGUCACCAAGGCUGUACACAUUGAGGUGGUUGAUGAUCUAUCGGCACAAGCCUUUUUAGAUGCCUUCACUCGUUUCGUCAGCCGACGCGGUCCCUGUCGGGAUUUAUAUAGCGAUAACGGUACAGCGUUUGUUGGUGCCAACCGACUCUUGAAGGAAGACCUUGCGGCAUGGCAGGGUGAGAAUAACCAGCGAUCGUUAGCAAAUUCGGGCACACAUUGGCAUUUUAUAACACCCAGUGCUCCGCAUCAAGGAGGCCUCUGGGAGGCGGCAGUGAAAUCCGCUAAGCACCAUUUGGUACGCUGUGUAGGUACGCAGGUCAUGUGGUACAGUCAACUGCAGACGUUGGCUGUAAGAAUAGAAGCCUGUCUCAACUCCCGUCCUAUUACACCGCUUUACGACGAUCCUGAGGAGAAACUUGCGUUAACGCCUGGUGAUUUUCUGAUUGGGUCUCCACUACUGGCGGUUCCCGAACCAGAUAUCAAACAAAUCCCUAGCAAUCGUCUGAAGCAAUGGCAAUGGAUACGUCAAAUACAACAAGGAUUUUGGAAGCGAUGGAGUGAGGAGUAUCUAACCAUUCUGCAGAGACGAAACAAAUGGCUUCGGCGCACGAGGAAUAUAAGGGUGGAUGAUAUCGUCCUCGUCAAACAAGAGAACCUGCCUCCAACCCACUGGUGUCUGGGUCGAGUGACAACAGUACAUCCCGGAGCUGAUGGAGUGGUCCGCAAUGUCACGCUGAGAACUGCUAGAGGAUACAUGAAACGAGCCGUCCAGAAACUAUGUCUGUUGCUUGAGAAGGAGGAUUUCGAGUCGACCGACUCGACCGGGCAGGAUGUUUAG